CCUCUCUGACCCUACCACCAGCGGACAUGAUAAAAUGCCAAUCGGGAUAAUUUAUAUAAUCAAUUCAUUGUAUAGAAAAAAUUGAUAAUUACAUUGGCAGCAUGUCAUAUAAGACGAUAGCCUUCUAAAAAGCUAUCAAAUUGAAUUGAACCCGCGAUUGGGAAGUUGCUCUCGUUACAGUGAACAGUGAUAGGAAGACCAAUAAGUUAUCGCGUAUUCGCUCUACGGAUUUGAACAUUUUGCAUAUUUCUGGAUUACUUCUGCGUUGUGACUAGUGUUCUUCGAGUUCUUACUGCAUCAAUUUUAAAUUUUUAUAAACUUUAUCCGUCAUCAUGGCUUAUGAAUCACCUCUAGUGAAAGCUUUCCUGGCCGGUUCCUUCUCAGGCACAGUAUCAACCAUCCUUUUCCAACCUCUUGAUUUGGUCAAAACACGCCUUCAGACGAGCCCAUCAACCGUCUACAAUGGACCUCGUCCAGUCAAUAACGGCGUAUUCCAUGUGGUGUCCUCAAUCAUCCAGAAGGAGCAAGUGACUGGCUUAUGGCGUGGAAUGAUUCCUUCGAUCUCAAGAUGUGUACCUGGAGUUGGCCUCUACUUUGCAUCACUGCAUUAUCUGAAAGGAGUUUUUGUUGGCAACGAUGGCAAGAAUAAGCCUUCAUCCAUUCAAGCUAUAUUGAUUGGAAUGACUGCUCGAAGCAUCAGUGGUGUCUGCCUUAUUCCAAUGACUGUAAUCAAGACACGAUAUGAGAGCGGUCACUACAAAUACACCAGUAUCCCCUCAGCUGCGCUGCAGAUCUACCGGCAGGAGGGGGCCCGAGGCCUGACCUGUGGUCUGCUCCCCACCCUGGCUCGCGACGCCCCCUUCUCAGGCAUCUACUUCAUGUUCUACUCGCAGCUGCAGGCGCUGGUGCCGGCCGACAUGACACAGUGCCAGUCGCUCGCUAACUUCGGGUGCGGGGUGGCUGCCGGCAUCCUCGCGUCCACUGUCACUCAGCCCGCUGACGUCAUCAAGACCAAGAUGCAGCUCUAUCCAAACAAGUUCGCGUCGCUGCCGGGGGUGCUUGUCUACGUGCAUAAGAAAUAUGGAAUCAAAGGAUACUUCAAAGGACUUGGACCAAGAAUGCUCAGGAAAACUCUGAUUGCUGCUAUGGCUUGGACUCUGUACGAAAAGGCGACAGUGUCCAUGGGGUUGAAGUGAGAUAGUAGAUUGCACCUGUAGUUUGCUGGAUUGGAAGUCCAUCAGAUGUUUCUCCUGUUUACAGCUUCAGCUGAAGCUUAACUACUUUCAGAAGUUUGCUACUGAAGAUAUAUUCAACUUCGCAUAAAAUCUAUCAAGAUGUGUCUUUGAAACAUCUCUGUAACAGCGAAAUACUAACUAUCAGGAAAUUUGUUUCUAGAAUAUUCUUGUUCACAAUUUUCUGCUCUGUUUGUUCAAAGAUGUUCUGAAUUAUUGCUGAUGUAAACAGUUCAUAAUUCAGUUCCAAACAAUGAAUAUGGAAAAUUACUUGUUGGUUUCUUUGAAUACUAAAUAAGUAUCUAAUUAGUAUACUAAAUUACUAUCUAAUUUUAGUAUACUAAAUUAGAAUUUCAUCUAAUACUAAAUUUGUCAUUGAAACUUGAAGUCGACAUUGGAGUGCAUUAGUUACAACAUGGAAGUUGCUUAAUGUUCACUUGCGAUGUAACUAUGAAAACAUUGAAAUAAUGUUUCAAAACAUUAGUAGUCAUAAAGUCCUCUGUAUGAAUAUUCAAUCACACUUGACUUACUAUUAGAAAUUUGAACAGUAUUAUUAUCUGAGUAUUACAGGUAAAAUUGCACAAAAUAAAUUUGAUAAAAUUUCAUUCAGAGCUCAAAUCCAAAAAA